CUCCUUCAUUGUGCCCUGUCUUCAGAAAAAGCAGCGCGUAGCUAGGCUAGCUGGCAAUCCUCUCAGCAGCAUCACGCCAAGGUCCUCUGUAGGCUUUGUGGAUACGGUUCUGCUGGACUGAAAAAUGGAUAGUCCUCCUACAUACACGGACCUUGGCAAGGCCGCCAAGGACAUCUUCAGCAAGGGCUACGGCGGGGUCCUGUGGUGGCGCAGGGGUUAAGCACAACCCACACCCCUUAGUCCUCAACAUGGCAGGCUUCGGGGCUGUGAAGAUAGAGCUGAAGACCAGGUCUGACAAUGGAGUGAUGGAGUUUCACUCUACGGGCUUCAGCAACAUGGACACAGGGAAGGCUACUGGCAACCUGGAGACCAAGUACAAGAUAACGGAUCACAGCUUGACCAUCAGCCAGAAGUGGAACACGGACAACGUGUUGGUUAAUGAGGUCACUGUGGAGGACAAGCUUGCUAAAGGACUGAAGAUCGGCACGGAAACUUCCUUUGUACCAAACACAGGCAAGAAAACUGGCAAGCUGAAGACGGGCUACAAGUGCCAGAGUAUGAACCUGGCCUGCGACGUGGACCUGCAGGGCCCCAUUGUCCACGGCUCUGUUGUGCUGGGCUUCGAAGGCUGGCUGGGCGGCUACCAGACGCUCUAUGACGCCACCAAAUCCAAACCGAGCCACCACAACUUCGCCCUGGGGUUCAAGUCUACGGACUUUCAGGUGCACACCUGCGUUAACGAAGGCAGCGAGUUCAGCGGCUCCAUCUACCAGAAGGUGGACGACAAGCUGGAGACGGCGAUCACCCUGGCCUGGACCGCCGGCAGCAACAACACUCGCUUCGGCGUCGCAGGCAAAUACAUGCUGGACAAGGACACCUCUCUGUCAGCCAAAGUGAACAAUGCCAGCCUGAUUGGAGUCGGCUACACCCAGAGCCUUCGGCCAGGCGUGAAGCUCACCCUCUCUGCCCUCAUCGACGGGAAGAACUUCAACGCAGGCGGACACAAGCUGGGGUUGGGCUUCGAGCUGGAUGCAUAACCAGAACUCCUCACCUGCACCAGACAGCACCACCUUUCAUGUAGCUCCUCUCCUCUGGACUCACCUUUAACCCCCCACCCCCCAAUACACACUCUGCGCUCCUAACAAGCAUUUCUGACACUAAAAGUCGAGUCUGGGGAGGCAGAGUGUCGGCCCUGAAAGUUGGCGGUGCGCGGUUGCAAAGGAGUUCCUGAUGUUCUGGCUGAAGUCACACCAUUUUAUUUCGCUGUAGGUCUUGAAAGACGUAACCGUUGGUGUAAAAGUGUGUAACUCAUCCCAGCAGUCUUUACCUAAAAGCAUGAGAGAAUGAAAACAUGGCCGCAGAGGCUGGCGGAUGUUUCUUUGCUUGGUUAAAAAGGUGCAGUGUGUCUGCUUUUUUUUUUUUUUAAAUAAGUUCAAACACUUUAGUUUUUACUCACGCCCGUUUUUAUUUGGUUUCAACUGAAAUCCUUCACGAGAGCCUCUUGCGUCUGCGUGGCGGCUCCGUCUGCCAGGUGAAAUCAAUGUGGUGGAAUCUUCUGGUAUCUUCCCGUAGUUUAGUUUGGCAUUUCUACAGCGUUGCUUUCAUCUGUCUCGGCUAGGCGGCCACAAAGAUAGCGAGGAUGUUUUGCAUGGAGGCGCGGCCGGUUCCUGGAGCGACCUCUGGCCAGUAACAUCGCCACACUGUUAACCCCCUCCACCCCCUGAACUCCCCUCCACCCCCUGAACUCCCCUCCACCCUCUGAUCUCCCCUCC